AUGUCGCACGUGCUCCCAACCCUUUGCUUGUUGUCCCGAAAGAUCUUACGAAUGGUUGAGAAGAUACAUGAGUUGGAGGAGAAGAUCCUCGACAAAGACGACGUAAUCCACGAUUGGUGGACAAGAGCACUAUGGGCCGAGCGAAGAGUUGGUGUCUUGACCGCUGAAAUGGCUGGGAAAGACGUUGAAAUUGCUGCACUCAAUGCAGAACUUGCUGCCGUCCGAGCUGGUCAAGAGGCGAAUCUUGGUGGAGCUAGGGGAGUUGUGCGCAAGAGAAAGAGACAAAUCCACCAGUAG